CUACAUAAUCGCACACAGACUUGACUUCCAUUACAUUUUUGUUUCCAACACGCCGUCGCAGGGAUGCAGCCAAUCAUGAAGCCAGUGUGAAAGCUGAGGAGGUGGGAGGAGAAAAGGCCCAGGAGAGCUCGCAGGAGCUUUCCCUACCUCAUCUGGUGCGGAGCUGCUGGAGUGGUGGCAGUCUGUGCGUCCUGCUUGCCGAAACAGAAGAAACUUUGUCUUAACUUACUCAGUAUCAGCGGGGAAUGCAUUGAGAGAAGGAAAUGCGUCUGCUGCACUGCUGCUGGGAGAAAACUACGGAGUACACAGCCUGCACUGUAAAGCCGCUUUCCCAUGCGUAAGAAAACAUCAGAUUACUGGACUACUCCGAACUUCAUCGUCUGCGGACCCAGUGCGCUUUUGGAAAAGUUGUUGUGUUUAGUGGCGCGUUUAGAUUUAGAGAGUUGAGAGUAGUUGAUGGCUUCAGACUGAAUAAAGUUUAGUCAGGGAUUUUGAGACGCACCGAUCGGUCCGCUCGAAGGAUUUUUUUCUUUCUUUUUUUUUCUCUAUUUGGAGACUGAAGGCAUGAAACUGUUUGUCAUCUGCGCGCUUCUGCUGUUAAAAGUUACUCUUGGAGAUGCCUGUGCCAGUGGCCAGUUCACUGACUCAGGGCAGUGUUGCAGCCUGUGUCCUGCUGGCUUUGGAGUGGAAGUAGAGUGUGGGAAAGAGGAUACCAAGUGCACACCAUGUCCACAGGGUACAUUUUCCUCAUCUGACAGCCUCGGGCCUUGCCUUCAAUGUACCAAGUGCCCACCGAGUCUCCCCGUGUUGGCCUCUUGCUCUGCCACUCAGGACACACAAUGUGAAUGUGACAAUGGCUUCUUCUUUCUGAGCAGCUAUGGCCUGUGUGCGCCUUGCUCCAAAUGCGCUCACGGCGAGGGAGUUAUCCGGGAGUGUGGCCCACAGGGAAACACGCAGUGCCAGAUAUGUGGCCCGGGAACAUUUUCAGAGGAGCUGAGAAGCACCAAACCCUGUCAGGCCUGCACCCAGUGCUCCGACAGUGAGGUGGAGAUCCGAGCCUGCAUGCCUAACUCUGACACUCUCUGCAUGGAUAAGAAGCUGCACAUUUUGUCUCGUCCUGCUCUCGAUGGGCCUGAUGGGACACGUGAUGCUCCUCGCUUUCCAGGCGUUGAGGAGGCGACGACGGAAGGGGAGACCAGUCCUGCCGAUGGAAUGCCCAAGUUUACCCCACAGGAUGAGGGAGGCAGCAACAACAUUCUGGCCUACGUGUCUGUUCUGGCUGCUGUGGUGCUGGGUCUGCUUAUUUAUGUGGCUUAUAAAUGCUGGAGAUCAUGUAAACAGAAGAGGGCUCUCUCCAAGGCCCGUGCAGCUGAGCUGGGAGCAUCGCCAGAGGGUGAAAAGCUCCAAAGUGACAGCGGAGUUUUUCUGGACUCUCACAGCCUACAGGACAACCAGCUCAGCAAAGGUACUAAGAGGGACAGCAAGCUGGACAAUCGUCUGUACAUCAACUUACCCCCCUGCAGACAGGAAGAGGUGGAGCGCCUCCUGCAGGAGGGAGGGGGCAGGGGUUGGAGGCAGGUGGGCGCGGCGCUGGGCUAUGAGCCUGAACAGCUGGACCUGUUUGGGCAUGGAGAGGCCCCCGCUCACACCCUCCUCUCUAACUGGGCCCAGAAAGAGGGCUCCACUCUGGGACUGCUGUGCACUGCACUAACUCGUGUCGAGAGGCCUGACGUUGUAACAGUUCUUAACUGCCCCACGCAGGGUGUUUCUGUGGUUUGACAGCUUCCCAAACACUAAGAUGACACUAAAAGACUCAAGUGAUUAACUUUUUUUUUUAAACAACCAGGGAGGCACUGUGAUGUCAACACUUCACGUCACCGUUGGAGGCUGCCAGCGAUGCUUCCAGUUGUUUUGCUGGACACUUAUAAUUUGGUUUUUGUUUGUGUAACUCUUUCCUUUAGCUCAGUUUAUGUAACCUUUUGAUUUUACAUCGAUCAAUCUCCUGUGACGUGUCUGUCACUGCUACAGAGCAAAUCGCCAGUUAACUCUCAUUGCCACAAUGGAGGGAACAGCAUUUUUCAGUUCUGGUUUAGCCUUGGUGCCUUGCUAAGUGGACACUGCAGAAACCUGGUCAGAUUUGAUUUGACAUAUGAUGACCUCCACAUACAUUACAAUAAUUACAUUUACAGAGUUGUUUACAUGCACACAAAUCCCAGUUACUGUCAGUAUUUAGUUAGUGACAGGAAACAGAAUGAUGUGUUUACAUGUGUUGUUGCACGAGUGUGAUUACUCUAAAUCCACUGUUUACCUGUUAUUUGGACAGCAAUCAGAUUUAUCCCCUGCCCCCUUUAAAACAUCAGCCUUCCAUGCACUAUUGUAAACAAAUAUGGAAGGUUUAGAUCAUCAGGUUUCUAGUCUGUUUGAUUAUUCACAACUUCAGCAACCACAUACUGCAGUACUGUGGUACUGCAGUUGAUUUUUGUCAAAAGGAAACAGAUUCUUGUAAGAUUACUGCUUUCUAACAAGAUACGACUUUGACUGUUUCAGUGCACAUGUCCAUGACUAAAAAGAGAAGAAAACUUCAGGAGAUGUUCAUGGCCAACUGAUCAGAUUUCUCCAGAAGCAAACAAGGGUUAAAUCUUGCCAAAAUGAUGCUUGCAGUUAUAUAUAUAUAUAUAUAUAUAUAUAUAUAUAUAUAUAUAUAUAUAAUGUGUAGAAGGGAACUAUUCACAAGAUUGAUAUUAAAAUUUGUUUUUUUCUCCCUUUUCUGCCGCAGUCCCGAAGUAGCCUUGGUAUUUAUUUACACUGAGGAUAUAUUGUGCACCAGUGAUGUUUCAGAUCUCAUCAGAAGAUGAAACUGAAGCAUUCUGUGAAAUAUAAAAACACCUUUUUUUUUUUAGCUCUUCCUAAUAAUCAUGUAUGAUUGUAAAUAUUUUAAAUGUUGCUUUGUUAUUUGUAAGUCAUGGCUUAAAGUGAAAUCAUUUAUUAAGUGUGAAGAAUUAAGAAAAUGAUGAGAAAUUAAUCUAUUCUCCCGUGCAUACUUAAUAAACACCAAUUUUUAUUCUUGAUUCUUGAGUUCUUAUAUUAGACACAGAAAAAAAAUCGAAAGACACUGUUAACAUCAGUGCUUAUUUCCAAGUUGACAUUUUGCUUUGUAUUUAUUUCAGCAUCGUUUCAAGUCCGUAAAUAAAUAAAAUCUGUCUGAAAUCUGCA